ACCGCGCACUUGUGAUUCUGCCAGUGUCAACUGAAUAAAAUUCUUUCACUAUCCGAUAGUUUUUAACCCUACGAGCACGUUCUAUUCAGUCAUGGGUAAUAUCUUUGGCGGAGGAUCGCCGCCGCCGGUGGAUUAUGCCGCUAUUACGGCCCCUUUCGUCGCAGCAAUGAACAACCAAGCGCAGGAGCACCAGGCGCAGCAACAACGCCAGAACGCGCAAUUCCAGCAGCGUCUUGACGACCUGACGAAGAACAACGCGGUGGAACGCGAGCGCCUGAGGCUGGAUAUGCAGCGCGACCAGGAACAACGCGAGCUCCAAUGGCAAAAGAAACAGCAAGAAUACGAAGCCGACCGGUUGGAGUUAACGAACAACAUAAAGGAAAAUCAGGAACAGCUGAAAAAGGUCACCGAGGAACUGCAGCUCCCAAUUAAAGAGCGCGAAGAGCGAAUCGCCUUCGUUAACAGCUUGGAGUUGCCGAUUUGGCAGACAAAUUCCGUACUUAUGCUGGGUCCGAAGGGAACCGGAAAAACCACCUUCUUGUGGUUGCUGAACAAGGUUCCGAAGCCAAAACCGUCUCGCUCGGACGGGACGGUAGAUAUCGUGCAUGUUGACGGGUUCGUGGAUUCCAUCGGAUUGCGCGGAUGGACACCGGAGGAACUGCUGAAGUUACUGGUUCUGAUGAUCUACGAAGGAAUCCCCAAGGACCUCAUCGUUUUCACUAACGACCGCAUCCAGCAGCCCAUCAUGACGCUGGGUCUGCUGGGCGUUAAUCAGCCCAUGAUGGUCAUUAUGUCGGGUGAUUUCUGGAAGAACUUCGAGCCGAGGCAUGCCGAGGACCAGCUGAUCCACCUGGUGGAAGAACAAGGAGUGCGCCGCGUGGAACCCGAGAAAAAUUUGCGACGCGUGUACGAUUUGCCGGUGUACGAGGAUAUCAAGGAGUACCAACUGGGUACCACGCCCAUCACGCAUCACGACAAUUUGGAGGCGCUGGUGCAGAAACGGGAGGACGCCGGGAUUCGGCCGUUCCGCUUCCUGAUGGACAGUCUCGGCAAGCAGUUUUUCGUGGAGUCGGAGAAUAAUCAUACCAUGGAAGCGCUGUUUCGCUUCAUCUACAUCUACGAGAAGAAGUACGCGAGAGACCGGCUCAAGUUCAUGAAUAACGCCACGUUGCAGGACUUCAAAUAAAAGAUCACUGAUAUGCUACGUCGUUGUGAUUUUGCGCGUUUGCCAGCUUAGCGAUGAAAGGCUGGAUGAAGCUUGAGAUAUCUUUUACAUCAAAAGUCGUUGAUAUUAUGUGUGCGUUUUUCGUCGCACUUCGCAGUUUCUUGGAAAAGCACAAC